AAGUUGACGCUAGGGAAUUUCAGAGAUGUGAUAUAUUGCUAGGAAAAGCGGAAUGACAAGACACACAACGUUGUCUCCUCUUCCAUAAAAGGGAAUUUUACUUCUUUCGAAGGGGAAUUUCUUUGGAAAAAUACUUUUAAAGGAUAUACAGAUUAAUAAUUCGGAAUUUACCAAAACAUGGACUUCUUAACAACGAAUUUUUCAACGUUGAUUAUAGUCUUCUUUAUAACUUGGGUGAUUAUCUGGUUAGCAAAGAGAAAAAGCAAGCAGACACUCUUCACAAAAUAUGGAAUCCCGGGACCUAAACCUCACAUCUUAUCCGGCAAUUUGUUCGAAUUCAAUGGAGAAGGCAAUCCUAACGAAGUCGUCACGUCGUGGCUCAAAAAGUAUGGUAAAAUAGUAGGAUAUUACAAAGGUGACGACCCCCAAAUGCUCAUUAAUGACUUCAACAUAAUAAAGCAAUUAUUCGUUAAAGAAUCGCGCAUUUUUAUCAAUCGACCCAAAAUGGUCCUCGAUGUCUGGCCUCUGAACGAGACUUUGUUGGAUUUAAGGAAUGAAACUUGGAAAAGAGUCAGAUCGGUCUUGACACCUACGUUCAGUGCCAUAAAAAUUAAACAAAUGACCGAAAUCAUGAACAGUAAAGUAGAUAAACUGGUAAAGUUGAUAGGUAAAUCCAGCGAUGCCCAUCGAACCUUCGAUAUGUACACGCGUGUACAAGGUUUAACGUUAGAUGUCAUAGGACAUUGCGCUUUGGCCAUGAAUACUAACUGUCAAGACGACGACGACGAUCCUCUUCUAGUUUCUGUUCGUGACUUUUUUAAAUAUUCUAAUAACAUAGCCGUUCUUAUGGUGAUAUUAUUUCCACCUUUAAAACUCAUAUUACAAUUUAUAAACAAUUAUUUAACCUCCGGAAGAAUGACCUCUCUGACUGUAAAAAACGUUAAGAAAGUCAUUAAUUAUCGUAGGAAACAUACAGAAAAGAAAUCGCUCGAUCUUCUACAACUCAUGAUCGAUUCGUGUGACAAUAAACGAUCGCCAUCCAACAAGUAUUUAACCGAUAACGAAAUGAUAGCUAACGCUUACGUUUUUCUUUUAGCAGGAUAUGAAACUACAGCUACGAGUUUAGCUUUAAUAUUCUAUCUUCUAGCCACGCAUCAGGAUAUUCAGGAGCGUCUUUACGAAGCAGUAGCUCAUCUAAAAGAUAAACCACACCCUUCCUACGAUGACAUACAGAAUAUACAAUAUUUGGAUCAGGUUUUUAACGAAUGUUUACGUUAUUACCCACCAGUAACCGGAUUCAUAAGUAGGCAAUGCAGUGCAGAAUAUAAAAUGGAUGAAUUGAUCAUCCCGAAAGGAGUCACAGUGACAGCUCCUAUUUGGAACAUUCAACACGAUCCUCGUUACUGGAAAAAUCCUUGGAAACUUGAUCCCGAUAGAUUUGCUCCAGAGAACAAACAGGAUUUCAAUCCUUCGACAUUUUUCCCAUUUGGUCUAGGUCCUAGAAUAUGCAUAGGUAUGCGAUUUGCUCAGAUUGAAGUCAAACUAGCAAUGGCCAGAGUUAUACUUAACUAUAAACUGCUUACUUGUGAAGAGACUGAAAUUCCUCUACAACUAACCUGUCCUACUGUAAUUAUAAACCCCAAAAAUGGCAUCGUCUUAAAGGCUGAAAGACGUAAACCUUAAUAAAGUUACUGUUUGAGUGAAAUGGGCAAUAAAAAUUUAGUACAUAUAUUAUUAUUGUUGUAACUUUCUGCUAAUUUAAUCUAUAAAUUUUUACUGAUUUUGACUUAUGUAAUUUAAUAAUAAAAUAAAAUAAUGUUUACAAAUUUCAAAUGCUUCAAACAAUUUCUUCUCAUUUAUUCUGAUGAACACCAUACAAAUCAAAAUUUUCUGUUUCAGGAAAAAAAAUCUCAAUUUACAUUAUUAACCAAUUAAUAAUAAUACUUUUAUAAAAACUAUUGAAAAUAUAAUCGCUGUAAUUUUUCCAAUCGUUUCAAUAGAAUGUACAUCAGAAAUACAUAUACACAAAUCUUUAAAAGCUAUAUAUAUUAUCUGUUACCAAGUUUAUAUAAUACAGAUAAAAAUUUUUAUGGCAAUAAAAUAUUUUUAAUUCUUGCUGGCACAAAUUAACAUAAGAAAAACAAGGAUAAAUGUCUGUGUGGUGUGUGUGUGUAUGUGUUUGUGUUUAAAAAAACUUUCUUGAAAUUUUAAAAUGCUUAAUCUAGCAAAGGAUGU